CUGCCUCGUCAUCACUGACUGUACGGAACUGAACCUGAACUCACUUCAUUACAGAAUAUCAUAGAGCCGCAAACUUGUCAGAUAGAUACACUAUUACAGAUUAAUAGAGUUUAUUUGUGGAAGUGAGUUUAAAAUACAUGUUUUGUUGAUGAAAUACAUGUUUUGAAGAGCAGCAGGUGUAUCGUUUAUUUGGGUAUUCCCACAUGAUUGCUCCUGUCUGCUUUGACUGAUCCCUGCUCUGCUGACCCAUAAUGAAAGCCCUGAUUCUCGUUGGCGGCUACGGCACACGGUUACGCCCGCUCACACUCACUGUGCCGAAACCACUGGUGGAGUUCUGCAACAAACCCAUCCUGCUCCAUCAGGUGGAGGCGCUAGUCAAGGCUGGAGUCCGUCAUGUCAUUCUUGCUGUGAGCUACAUGUCAGAUCUAUUGGAGCGAGAGAUGAGAGCUCAGGAGCAAAGGCUUGGAAUAAAAAUCUCGCUUUCACAUGAAAAGGAGCCUCUAGGCACUGCUGGUCCUCUGGCUUUGGCCCGAGAGCUGCUGACCGACAGCGAGGAGCCGUUCUUCGUCCUCAACAGCGACGUCAUCUGCGACUUCCCCUUCGAGGACAUGCUGAAGUUCCACCAGCAGUGUGGCAGAGAGGGCACGAUUGUGGUGACGAAAGUGGAGGAACCGUCUAAGUAUGGCGUGGUUGUUUAUGAAGGGGACACUGGACGAAUACAUCGCUUCGUUGAGAAACCGCAAGUGUUUGUCUCCAACAAAAUCAACGCUGGGAUGUACAUCUUCAGCCCUGCCAUGCUGAAGAGGAUCCAGUUGCGACCCACUUCCAUUGAGAAGGAAAUAUUUCCAGUGAUGGCAGAGGAGGGACAACUGUAUGCCAUGGAGCUGCAAGGUUUCUGGAUGGACAUCGGCCAGCCCAAAGACUUCCUGACAGGCAUGUGCAUGUUCCUCCAGUCCGUUCGGCAGCAGGCGCCCGAGAGGCUGCGCGUGGGACCGGGCUUCCUCGGGAACGUCCUUGUGGACCCAACUGCGGUGAUCGGGGACAACUGCACCAUCGGGCCUAAUGUGACGAUUGGCGCUGGGGUGGUUCUGGAGGACGGGGUGCGAGUGAAGCGCUGUACGGUUCUGAAGGGGGCGCACAUACGCUCACACUCCUGGCUGGAGUCAUGCAUUGUGGGCUGGAGCUCAUCGGUGGGACAGUGGGUGCGGAUGGAGAACGUCACAGUUCUGGGCGAGGAUGUGAUUGUGAACGAUGAACUCUACAUCAACGGUGCCAAUGUUCUGCCUCAUAAAUCCAUUACAGACUCUGUUCCUGAACCGCGAAUCAUCAUGUGAAACACCUUUCAUGCCCCUCACGAAGUGCCCGAGUGUGUGUGUGUGUGUGUGAGAAUGAGCAUGAUGGGAAAGGUAUUGGUUGUGGAGUAUCUAAAGUAUGAUUGUGCUGUUUCUGCAGGUAAAUCUCAUCUAUAGUAGAUGUUCUCCAACUAAAGGCUGCAUCACACAUUUCUGACCCAUAAAGUGCUGUUGUCAUUUCCCUCUGCAUUGUGUCCUCUAUUACUGACAAUAAGAGCACGACGCCCCUCUCUUUGGUUCAUCUUGUUGAUUUUGAGAUGCCAUUAGGCUGUCUAGUAAUUAUGUUGGUAUUCUUUUUCAUUGUUUUGUUUAGUUGUUUAUAUAUAUAAAGGGAGCCAUGCAUUACUUUCUGGAUAAAACACUGUGCCUGUAGAAAGAAUGACAAGUAGCUAUGUUUAUGUAUCAGAUAACGCAGUAGCUGAUUACUGUGAUGACUUCCAGUAGUAUGUACUAAAUUAUGCAAAUCACAUUUUAUUCAUCACUCAAGAUCAUGCAGAAAUGUGAUAGAUAUCUCCUUUACAGAUGAACAAAGAUAAAAACAGACUCUGGGAGUGAUGUCUCUGUACACAGAUUAAGAUUUUGAUGUCUUUUCUAUCAAAGAAACAUAAACCAAUAAAACAUCUUUUUGGCGUUUU